AUGUUACGCGAGCGCUGUUUUGCGAUGGACCCUAACGCAUGUUUUGCUUCCACAUCCCCUUCUUCGACUCUUUUUGCUCAGCAAUAUAACGCUGAAAGAAACCCUCGGAAACACCAGCAUGGACGAGUCAACUCUAUCUCCUGUUCUUAUUGUAAGGGUUCCUAUAAUUCUAAGAGGUGUACCGUAGUUACAGACGUCACAGCAAGGAAGCAAAUCAUUCGUGCUAAAAACAGAUGUUUUAAUUGUUUAAAAUCCGGACAUCUCGUUAGAAAUUGCAACUCUAAAAACACGUGCUUUAAGUGCAAGGGAAGACAUCAUAUCUCCCUCUGUGAUGCUAAGGGUGGAGAAGAGCGAAACAAAAAUAACAACGAUGGACAGGUUCCGCAUUCUCAGGAUGAUGAACAAAAUCAAUCAUCAAAUGUGAACGUCGUUGGUUGCCAUGACAGUGCACUGCUGCAAACAGCAAAUGCGCACUUGUUAAAUACUGACGAAAAUUCCGUUGUUUUUUCUGGUUGCGUGCUCUUUGAUAACUGUUCGCAAAAAUCAUUCAUCACAAGUAACGCGAAACAACGAUUAAAAUUAAAAAUCAUCCGCAGCGAGAUUUUAAACGUAAAAGUGUCCGGCGACAACUCUGAAAAACCUCGAAAAUUAGACGUCAUAAAGGUUAAAAUUAAAAACGCCCACUCUAACGAUUAUUCCGUAAUCGAAGCGUAUGUUAUGGACAUGAUAUGCUCACCUCUAUCUAACCAAAGAGUCGAUUUAGCGCAAACCCUUCUCCCAAACAUUUGCCUUGCUGACAACAACGCCUCUCACAAUAAACAGAUCGACGUUGUAAUAGGUAAAUUCAGCGAAAAAAAGUUUUUUGAUGGAGAAAGAUAUUCCGUCCCAUUACCAUGGAAACAAGAUCAUGAACAGAUGCCGGACAAUUUCCAAAACAGCCGAAAUCGGUUAACAUCAGUCUUCCGCCGACUUAAGGCUAAGCCCGAGCUUCUGCAACAAUACGACGACAUCAUUAAACAGCAAAAACGUGACGGUAUCAUCGAGCAGGUGACAGAGCCGCCACCGCCGCCAGGUGAAGUCCAUUACUUCCCCCAUCAUUACGUCUUAAAGGAAGAUAAGUCCACAACCAAGGUACGCAUUGUUUACGAUGGUUCUUCAAAUUCUCCGCCACUCAACGAUUGCUUGGAAAAGGGUCCUUCUCUUCUUCCUCUACUUAUGGACAUCCUUAUCCGUUUUGGGACCUACAAGGUGGCGAUCAACACACCUGAUCUUACGCUUCCUAUGGUUUGA